UGCGCGCACGGAGCUCACCUGUGCGCCUGACGUCAUGCUGCUCCUGUGCGGCGUCUUCCUGCUGUGCUGCCGUGUCGCCGCGGGGGGUCCGCCCCGGCCCGGGAGCCGCUCUCCGGGGGUCCAGGAGGACGUGCGCCAGUCCCCGGGGGUCCAGGAGCAGGCGCGUCUCCUGCCGGUGUUCCGCCACUCUCGCCGGCCUCUUGUGGCCAAAGAGCUGCUGCGACCUUCUCCUCGCCGCCGCACGCCACUUCCCGCCCAGCUCGCCGCGCUCUUCUUCCCGCGGGAAAGUCCGGGCCGGAAGUGGCCGCCGGCUGCCAGAGUGCGUCCGGUGGAGGUUUGGUGCGGCGCGGAGGAAGUCCUGCUCCGCCUGGACCGCCGGCAGCUGCGCGCUUGGCCCGUUCCGGCUCGGUUCCGUUUGGGUUCUUGUCAGGCCGCCAACGUGACCUCGGACUUUGUCUGGUUCCGGUUCGCCCUCACGGACUGUGGCGCCAAAUCUCAGGUGUUUGCUGCUCAGCUGGUGUAUACUUUUACUUUGUACUACACGCCUCCACCACAACUACAUGUACUGCGGGUACUACCUUUUGUACUUCCCAUCCACUGCCGAUACAACAGGUUCCAUUACUCCUACAAGGUGGGCUUCACACCUGAACUCCAGCAGGUGACCUUCAAGAAGACCAUCAGAAGUCAGCUGACCUUCAGCCUGAAAGUCUGCACAGAUGACUGGGAGUCCGUCCCGACCGACCACUCGUUUGUCUUGGGAGAAUCUGUGAAUUUUGUAGCUGAGAGCGGCCACAUGUUGCCAGGUGAGCACCUCUCUGUGGACUCCUGCUACGUGACCAGCUCCAGCGAGCCCAACAGCGUGCCCAAAGUGGACGUCAUCAGCAACUACGGAUGUUUGACAGACAGUCUGAGGGUUGCCAGUUCCUCCAAGUUCUGGUCAAGGAAAGCCAACAUGCUCAAGUUUUCAAUCGAUGCAUUUCUCUUCAGAAACCUCUCCCAGGUACUGUACCUCCACUGUUCAAUGUCUGUCGCUCUCACCAUUUCCCACACAUCCAAGUCCUGCAACUACAACAAAUCUACUGGCAGGUGGGAGGAACUGCAGGCACCGCCUUCAGUCUGCUCCUGUUGUAGUUCCACAUGUGGGGACCUGCAGGACUCUGUGAAGAACAUUGUCAGCAGUCCUGGCUGGCGGACUCGCCGACAAGAUGACCCCAGCAUGAAGGUGAUCUCUUCUCAGGGCAAGGAAAGGGUGGACCAGGAAGAGGAAAAGGGAAAAAAAGUGGACCUUAUAAUGCUGGACACUUCCUGGAUGGAGACGGAUUAUAAAACCGAGGAGAUCAUUGAAGGAGACCAAGAACCGAGGCUGGAGAUGAUUGAAAGAGACCAAGAACCAAGGCUGAACACACUCAUCAACAACGAUGGCACAACUUACAAGCAGGGACGGAAGGAAAAACAACACACUGACGACCAACAAAUGGAACCAACACCAGAUCCCGGGGUUAUGUUGGAUCAGGGGAAGAAGGCCACCACUGGUUGGAUGGACAACAGAACACAGAAUCCCAAUAUUCUUGGGGAUCUUGGCUCUGCGGGAAACAUUUCCUCUAAUGUGAUUUCCCGUGAGGAGCUGUGCUCUAAUAUUGAUACAAACAGCUGCCCGCCCACAGGUGAUGGAUUCGAGGGUACAAACGGGCAGAACACGGAGGAAAUAAACUUUCCUGCCUCAACUGAGAUCCCACCUGUGUCAAACAUGUUGGACAACAGUCAGUCUACUAUUGCGUCCUUGGACAGAGCUUUAGACGAGUCACCAGAGCCAACAGACUACGUUGGCAGUAAAGACCUAGACGGACUUAACGAAUGGUUUCAAAGUCGACAGAUCAGAGGUUUGGAACGGGACCAGUUGGCCCAGUUCAGACAGCCGAUGUGUGUUGAAGGCUUGCUUGAGCAGACUGAUUGUAUUUCUGAAAGUGAAGAAGGUGAAGUUCUCCACCGUGGCAGCUUGGAUGUGGCAGGCAAGACAAGUGAAGAACGGAACCAGUACUUUGCUGCCGGACCAGGUUUGACAGUUUCGGAGGAAGUUCUGGACAAGCCACAACACUCUGCUGUGGUAAUCAUUACAAGUGGGAUGGAAGAGAGCGGCUACAUACCUGAGCAGGUGUGGCGCUAGAAAACUUUGGACUAUCGUGGACAGAAUGUAGACUUUUUGAUUGUGUACGUGCUCGGGUGUUCACUUCUCAAAACACAACUAGUGAACAUCUUAAGAAUAUAAACACUUUCAAUGCCAGAAAGUCA